AUGACCCAGACGAAAGCAUCGAAAAGAAUAGCCAUUCUAUAUGGGUCUGAGACGGGCAACGCUCAUGAUUUUGCUAGCAUCCUUUCAUAUAAGCUUCGGAGACUGCAUUUUGCCCAUACUUUGAGCACAAUAGGUAAUUAUAGCCCCUCCCAUAUUUUAAACUGCAAAUACCUUUUUGUUAUAUGUUCAACGACAGGUCAAGGUGAAAUACCACGUAAUGGUCAGGAGCGUUCUGAUGGGACCCGCAAUAAUACCCUGUGGUCAUUCUUGAAAAGAAAAGACUUACCAGAAGACUUUUUGAGUCAUGUGCAUGUCUCUUUUCUCGGUUUAGGAGACUCAUCUUACCCAAAAUUCAAUUACGCUAUCAAAAAACUGCAUGAGCGUAUCGUCAAUCAACUUGGUGCCAAAGAAUUGUUCGCUAGAUUGGAGGCCGACGAGCAGUGUCUAAUUGGCAGUAAUAAAGGCACAGGAGCAGGAAUAGAGGCUGUCUACUUCGAGUUCGAAAAGAAAACACUAAAAUAUUUAUGCGAUACCUUUUCUUUGAGAAAGCUCAAUGGCGAGCUUGUUAAGCGUCAAGGAAUUAGCACUGAUCUAUAUCUUGAACCUAUUAGCUCUUUAAAAAAGAGCGAUGAAACUGAGAAUAUGAUCCAUAAUACUGAGCCUCCACGUUUUCUCGGCGAUGAUAACGUUAAGAUUGGAACAGUGUUGAACAAUAAGCGGAUUACAGCCGAACCCCACUUUCAAGAUGUGAGACAGUUUGUAUUCAAAGGAAUAGAACACGAAGAAUAUUAUCCUGGUGACACGAUCUCUAUGUAUCCUUGUAACAGCGAUGAAGCCGUGAAUCAAUUUUUAUCUUUGCAACCACAUUGGUCUAAUGUGGCAGACAUGCCCUUGGAAUUUAAUCAUGGAAUACCUCCUGACUUAAUGGAUGGUGGUCUGAUUGGAAAAUUAACCUUGAGAGGCUUGCUGAAGUACCAUUGUGAUAUAGAGAGCAUUCCUCGAGCCAGCUUUUUCAUGAAAAUUUGGACAUUUGCUACAGAAAUAGAUAAACUGGAGAGAGGGAGAGAACAGUUAGAACAGCAAAGGGAAAAAUUGCGUCAAUUUGCUUAUGAUGAAGACAUGCAGGAUUUGUUUGACUAUUGUAACCGGCCUCGUAGAUCUAUACUCGAAGUGAUUGAGGACUUUGGUUCGCUCAAGCUGCCAUGGGAACAUAUGACGGAUUACCUUCCCAUUAUAAAGCCACGUUACUUUUCAAUAUCUAGCGCACCUUGUGAUCCAAAUAUAGAAUUGACCAUUGCCAUAGUCAAAUAUAAAACUAUACUAAGAAGAAUUCGAAAAGGUGUUUGUACAGAAUACGUCAGUAAACUCGCGAUCGGAGACUCUUUUCGUUACAAAGUGCAGAAUAAAGGCACCUUUCACCAUAAUUUGAAAAAAAAAUCCAUGAUUUUAGUCAGUCCCGGUGUAGGGAUUGCGCCAAUGAUGUGUUUAAUAAGGUCAAAUAUUUGCAAAGAUAUAAGUCUGUUUUUUGGAAAUAGAUAUAAAGAACACGAUUUCUUGUAUGAAAGCACAUUGAGAGAAUGGCAUAACGAUAAAAAAAUAAGUCUUUAUACAUGCUUCUCUAGAGAUAAAGAAAAUUCUUCAGAUAUUAAAUAUGUUCAAGAUAAUUUAUGGAAAUUUGGCGAGGAAAUGACCAGGAAAAUUCUGAACAAUGAAGCACUAAUUUUCAUAUGCGGCUCGUCCGGUAAAAUGCCCAUUCAGGUUAGACUGACCUUUGUUGAAAUGCUGAAAAAAUGGGGAAAUUUUGAAGAGGACGAGCAAGCGGCUGAUUAUUUGAGGCAAAUGGAAAAAAACUACAGAUAUCUACAGGAAACAUGGUAG